CAUCCCCUGACGUAAACCAACGUUACCUCAAAACGGUGAAGCACCCCGUGCCGUCGUGUUUUUUCCGUCAACCCCUCCACCCAACAAACCACCUCUCCUUCCUCUCCCCCAAAAUUUUAAAUCAAAAUUCAAAUUCCAAAUUCCUCAGAUUCGCAAAAAUCCCUUUCUGCGUCGUCGCAUUGUAUGAGCCUCGAAUUCCGAUCCCGAUAGGCAUGGCCGGAGCGGCGUUAUCGCCGCCGACGAGUUCGAAGUCGGUGACGCAGACGGUGAACGGGUCGCACAAGUUCGUGAUCGAGGGAUACUCCCUGGCGAAAGGGAUGGGAGUGGGGAAGCACAUUGCGAGCGACGUGUUCACGGUGGGAGGGUUCCACUGGGCGAUCUACUUCUACCCCGAUGGCAAGAAUCCCGAGGACAAUUCCGCCUACGUCUCCGUCUUCAUCGCGUUGGCGAGCGAAGGCACCGACGUCAGGGCCCUCUUCGAGCUCACGCUCCUCGACCAGAGCGGCCAGGGGAAACACAAGGUCCACAGCCAUUUUGAUCGCUCCCUCGAGACCGGUCCCUACACGCUCAAGUACAAGGGAAGCAUGUGGGGGUACAAGCGGUUUUUCAGACGGUCUUUGCUUGAAACCUCUGAAUUCCUCAAGAAUGAUUGUUUGAAAAUCAACUGUACAGUUGGAGUUGUGGUUUCAGCAAUUGAUUGUCCACAACUUCACUCUAUUAACAUCCCGGAAUCUGACAUUGGAUCACACUUUGGUGCACUAUUGGAUAAUAUGGAAGGUUCAGAUAUUACUUUUGAUGUAGCUGGGGAUAAGUUCCCUGCUCAUAAGUUGGUGUUGGCUGCCAGAUCCCCAGAAUUUCGAUCUAAAUUUUUUAAUGGUUUAGAUGAAGAAAAGAAUGAGAUUAUUGUAACAGAUUUAGAACCAAAGGUUUUUAAGGCCAUGCUGCACUUUAUCUACAAAGAUACUCUUACAGAAGAGGUGGACACGGUUUCAUCAACCACAACUAGUGACUUUCCGGUUUCUGAGAUAUUGACAGCAAAAUUGUUAGCAGCAGCAGACAAGUAUGACUUGGGUAGGCUUAGAUUGAUGUGUGAAUCUCGUCUUUGUAAGGACAUUUGUGUGAAUUCUGUAGCCAAUAUUUUAACCUUGGCUGAUCAUUGCCAUGCCACGGAGUUGAAAGCUGUUUGCCUAAAAUUUGCUGCUCAAAAUCUAGCAGCUGUCAUGAGAUCAGAUGGAUUUGAGCAUAUGAAAGAAAAAGGCCCAUGGCUACAAUCAGAGAUCCUGAAGACAAUUGCUGGGUGUGAGGGUGAUGGUUGCAGCGCAGUGGAAAAGUCUCAGAGUGUAUGGGGCCAACUUUCAGAUGGCGGUGACAUGAAUGGUAGAAGGGUCAGGCAGAGAAUCUGAUACUUUGGUAAAAUGCAGGUGAUAAUGCCGAAAAAUUGGGGGGUAAAAAAGAAAAAGGCAAAGAAGACGAAAAACCCUUUUCUCUUCUGUCCAACUUUUCCAUGUUCCAAUGGAAAGUUUAGAAAAAGCGGGUAGACUAGAUGUCAUUAGUGUGUGUACGUUGUUAGUGCAGAGUGGUCAUUGAAAAUGAACUUAUCUGCAGUAGACUAUUGAUAUUGACUAUACUUUGGAAGUGGAUAUUUGGUUGCUGGACUUUAUCUCUUCCAUUUGCUUUCUCCUUUUCUGUACUCGAUUCCAACAGAAUGUUAGUAGAAGUAGGUUCAUUAGGAUGGCUAUUGUUAUACCAUGUACAAAAUAUUCAUUUUGUAACAAUUGUUUUUUCAUGGCACACCUGCCAUACAAAGAGCCAGUGAUUCUGGUUUGGUGGUCUGUUUUGAUU